UUAAGCCCCCCGUACUCACCCUGGCCGUACUUCGCUUAAUACGGCGAAAGGUCGGCUCAAAGAGCUAUAGGAAGCCGUGUCCCGGCCGUCUCCAUCGCGCGCCGCCGAGCUCUCCAACGACCAUCAUGGCCUCCUUCGUACCAACGCCACCCAUGUCGGAGAGGCAGGAACGCCGGACGACAGCAGGAACGAUAAUCUUCAGCUACACCUGCGUCGGGCUCACGGGCACCGCGCUCUUCGCCGUCCUCCUCUUCUACUGCUACAACCACUUCCGCCGACGAGCGCCGGUCACCGCCGCCGGAGCCGGGGUGGAACUGGAUGGCAAUCCGGCAGCAGGAGACCACCACCAUGUUGGCGUCGACGUCACCAAGCUCCCGGAGUACGCCUACACCCAGUCGUCGAGGCGCAGGGGCGGCAACGGCGGCGGCGACGGGGCGGCGCAGUGCUCGGUGUGCCUCGGCGCGGUGCAGCCCGGCGAGAUGGUGCGGCAGCUGCCCAUGUGCAAGCACCUGUACCAUGCCGAGUGCAUCGACUUGUGGCUGGCGUCGCACGCCACCUGCCCGAUCUGCCGGUCGGGCGUCGAGCCGCCGACGGACGGCCAGGCAGCGCCGACGACGGAGCCGCCACCAGCGGUGCUGCCGCCGGUGUAGUUCGCCAGCGCCGGUCAUCUGUUUGCUCCUCCGACGGGCACGUUAACUCGUAGCUUGUCACCAGUGUAAUGCAUUUGUAUAUAUAUACGUAAGGAAUUUGUUGCGUUUUCAAUGUUGUAUAUUCCAUUCAGGAUCAUCUCUUCGUUUAAUUUGCUACAUACUCUCGUCGUCGACAACAAAUUUCAAGCUCAGCAUACGCGGGUGUAGUUUUAAUUCAGUUUUCAGGCGGCUGC